UUUGUAAUGCAAUUAAAUGUAGACGAUAUCUACUGGAUUGUUAUUAUUUAGGUGUUGGAAAAGCUUUUUGUAGUAAAUAUGUGAAGUUUGUUAAUAAUUUCACAUUCCUAGUUCUGCAGACGCCUGUACUAUAAUAAAUCAGAAAGGAUUAUACAUUUGGACGCUGUAAUUUGUUGGAAAUUCGUAUCACUCCCACAACACUGGCGUAACUAAUACAUUACGUGCAUUCUUUGCGUACGUCUGACGUCACUCUAAGAGCGUCCGGUCACAAGUGUCGAAGGCGGAAGUAGCUUUGAACAUAAGAAAGCCUGCAGAAAGCUUGAGGAGGCAAUUCGUCUCAUCUUGUUCAUUUGGUAUUUUAGUAUCUAAGACAAAAUUUUAUUCAGCUGCAUUUUGAAGGAGCCAAGUUUGGACAUCAACAUCAGCAGCAGACUGGGAGGCCUGUUCAGACACUCAAAACUCUAUGUAUAAAGAAGAGCUUCCUAUUCUCCAUCUUAAAAGCAAACCGAAUUUGUAGAGCGGAAUGGCUGCCCUGCCCACAGAGAGAGGCGGUACAGCUCAGGUUGAGCCACCCAAGCUGCAGUUUGCUCCCUUCAGCAGCGCCCUGGAAGCCGGCUUCUGGCACGAGCUCACGCAGAAGAAACUCAAUGACUACCGGCUGGAUGAAAGUCCAAAAAGCAUCAAAGGGUACUAUUAUAAUGGUGAUCCUGUUGGGCUCCCUACUCGAUUAACCUUGGAAUUCAGUGCCUUUGAUGUAGAUGGCCCCACUCCAACCCGCUGUUGCCCUGCAGUUGGUACUCUCUACAACACAAACACUCUGGAAUCCUUUAAGUCUUGUGAUAAGAAAACGCUACUGGAAAAAGAAGCCAAGCAGAUAUGGGAUGCAAUACAGUCUGGAGAGGUUUUAGAAAAUCCCUCAAUUCUAAGCAAAUUUCUUUUGUUGACUUUUGCGGAUCUAAAGAAGUAUCAUUUCUAUUACUGGUUCUGCUUCCCUGUCUUGUGCUUCUCAGAAGGUAUUCAAAUAAUUCAGCAGCCUGUUACUCUUGAAGAAAAGUUCUCUGUUAAGCAGACUCAAGCAUUGCAGGAGGCUUAUGAUAGUCUUUGCCAUGAGAACGGGGCUACGGCUCUUCCGUAUUUUCUUGUGAAGUAUACAGAGGACUGUGUUUCAGUAUCUGUGCUCGGAAAAUGGGAUGACUUCUUCAAGGAGCAAAAGAAGGUUACAGUUGGUGUCUAUGAUCCUUGCACUCUGCCUCAGCAUCCUGGAUGGCCACUGAGGAAUCUUCUUUUCCUUAUCGCCUGCAAAUGGGGUGGUCUUUUGGAUUCAGUGGAGGUACUAUGCUUCAGAGACAGAACCCUGCUGGGCACAAGGUCGAUUAAACACAGCAUCAUCUUCGAAGUGGAACUCCCAAGGGUUUCAGCGAGCGCGGGAUGCCCAAAAAGUGUGGGUUGGGAGAAGAAUCAGAAGGGAGCCAUGGGCCCAAGAAUGGUGAAUCUUAGUGAAUGCAUGGACCCUAAAAGGCUGGCCGAGUCCUCGGUCGAUCUGAACCUGAAGCUGAUGCGCUGGAGGCUGGUCCCAUCGCUGGACUUGGAGAAAAUCAUUUCGACCAAAUGUCUGCUGCUCGGAGCUGGGACCUUGGGCUGUAAUGUUGCAAGAACUUUAAUGGGCUGGGGAGUGAGACAUAUCACGUUUCUGGACAAUGCGAAGAUCUCGUACUCCAAUCCAGUGCGGCAGCCUCUGUACGAGUUUGAAGACUGCCUUAAUGGGGGGAAGCCCAAGGCUCUGGCAGCAGUAGAAAGGCUUGAGAAAAUUUUCCCUGGAGUGGCUGCCAAGGGGUAUAACAUGAGCAUACCCAUGCCGGGACACCCCGUGAAUUUCUCGCAGGCGACAAUGGAUCAGGCUCGCACCGACGUGGAACAGCUGGAGCAGCUCAUCGCUUCACACGACGUUGUUUUCCUGCUAAUGGACACGCGGGAGAGCCGCUGGCUGCCCACUGUUAUUGCUGCCAGUCAGAGGAAGCUGGUUGUUAAUGCUGCUCUUGGGUUUGACACCUUUGUUGUAAUAAGACACGGCCUGAAGAAACCCCGGCAGGCCGAAUCCGCUGAGGCAGAGCCCAUGUCCUCCUCCUCCACCUACUCGGCUGUCCCAGGAACCUCGCUCUUUUCCAACAUCCCUGGGCACAGGCUUGGCUGUUACUUCUGCAAUGACGUCGUCGCGCCCGGGGAUUCCACAAGGGACCGCACUUUGGACCAGCAGUGUACCGUCAGUCGCCCUGGGCUUGCCACGAUAGCUGGUGCUCUUGCUGUAGAAUUAAUGAUUUCCAUUUUACAGCACCCAGAGGGAGGUUAUGCAGUAGCCAGCAGCAGUGAUGACAGAAUGAAUGAACCUCCAACCUCACUUGGUCUUGUCCCACAUCAGAUUCGAGGAUUUCUAUCAAGAUUUGACAAUGUCCUUCCUGCUAGCUUGGCGUUUGAUAAAUGCACCGCCUGUUCACCAGUAGUGCUUGAUCAUUAUGAGCGGGAUGGAUUCCAGUUCUUGUCUGAAGUCUUUAACUCUUCACACUCCUUCCUGGAGGACCUCACUGGGCUGACAUUGCUGCACAAGGAGACGCAGGCAGCUGAGAUCUGGGAUAUGAGUGAUGAUGAGAGCAUUUGAAAACAGCGAUGAAGCAGAGGAGUGGGAAGACAACUGAGAAUCUUCACAGCUUGUUGGCUGGAAGCUUGUUGGCUGGAAUCUAAUGGGGACGUACUACUUGAAAGCAGAAAAUAAAAAAGGGGAAUCUUUACAUUUGCUUUUUCAGAUUAAAAUCUUGUUAAUUCUGGGUUCAACUCAUAGCAUCUUGAGGCAGAGGACUUUGUGUAACUGGUAAUGUACGUUCAUCUCGGUCUUACACGUGUUUUCAAUGAAUAAGAAUAACAUUUUAUAUUUUACUUUCAUAUCUGAACAUACAUUUCCAUACUCAAAUGGAUUUAAUCAGUGAUAAUGCAGUAUGCUGUACAUCCAGGAAAAAGAUUCCUGUGACCCAAUAUCCAAAAAGUUGACUCUAUUAAAAGAAGUUUAAAAAGGUA